CCGGCCCCGUCCCGCCAGCCAUGAGCUCCACGCAGUUCAACAAGGGCCCCUCGUACGGGCUGUCAGCCGAGGUCAAGAACCGGCUCCUGUCCAAGUAUGACCCGCAGAAGGAGGCAGAGCUCCGAAGCUGGAUUGAGGGACUCACCGGGCUCUCCGUCGGCCCCGACUUACAGAAGGGCCUGAAGGACGGGAUUAUCUUAUGCACACUCAUGAACAAGCUCCAGCCAGGCUCAGUCCCCAAGAUCAACCGCUCCAUGCAGAACUGGCAUCAGCUAGAAAACCUCUCCAACUUCAUCAAGGCCAUGGUCAGCUACGGCAUCAACGCCGUGGACCUGUUCGAGGCCAAUGACCUGUUUGAGAGCGGGAACAUGACGCAGGUGCAGAUGUCUCUGCUCGCCCUGGCGGGAAAGGCCAAGACCAAGGGGCUGCAGAGCGGGGUGGACAUCGGCGUCAAGUACUCGGAGAAGCAGGAGCGGAACUUCGACGACGCCACCAUGAAGGCCGGCCAGUGCGUCAUCGGGCUGCAGAUGGGCACCAACAAAUGUGCCAGCCAGUCGGGCAUGACCGCAUAUGGCACGAGGAGGCAUCUCUACGACCCCAAGAACCAUAUCCUGCCCCCCAUGGACCACUCGACCAUCAGCCUCCAGAUGGGCACCAACAAGUGUGCCAGCCAGGUGGGCAUGACGGCUCCCGAGACGCGGCGGCAUAUCUAUGACACCAAACUGGGAACCGACGAGUGUGAUAACUCCUCCAUGUCCCUGCAGAUGGGCUACACCCAGGGCGCCAACCAGAGCGGCCAGGUCUUCGGCCUGGGCCGGCAGAUAUACGACCCCAAGUACUGCCCACAGGGCACAGUGGCUGACGGGGCUCCCUCCGAUGCUGGCGACUGCCCGGGCCCGGAGGAGGUCCCUGAAUAUCCCCCUUACCACCAGAAGGAGGCGGGCUACUGAGGCUCCCAGCACGCUCUCUCCCCACGUCGUCUCCCCAUCUCCCCGUCUGGGUUUUUCUGUUUUCACCAUUUUUUUUUUUUUUUUUUUUUUUUGAGACGGAGUUUCUCUCUUGUUACCCAGGCUGGAGUGCAAUGGCGCGAUCUCGGCUCACCGCAACCUCCACCUCCUGGGUUCAAGCGAUUCUCCUGCCUCAGCCUCCCGAGUAGCUGGGAUUACAGGCGCACACUCCGUGCCCAGCUAAUUUUUGUAUUUUUAGUAAAGACGGGGUUUCACCAUGUUGACCAGGAUGGUCUCGAUCUCCUGACCUCGUGAUCCACCCGCCUCGGCCUCCCAAAGUGCUGGGAUUACAGGAUUGAGCCACCGCGCCCGGCCCUGUGUUUUCAUCUUUUUUUAUUAACCUGUUCAGUGCUGCCAUGCAGCUGAGGGUCUGUGAGUGGUUGCUGGGAUCAGGCAGCAGGGCUUUCUCCCCGUUGGUCCUUCCCAGGACUGAGCCACCGGGCUGGGAGGGGAAGGGGUCAAGGCUGUAUCGUGAUACCUGUAGGGUCAGAGCCCCUGAUGGCACGUCCAGGCUGUGGGCCGAGCCGUGCUGGGGAGAAGAGGCCUGGGCUUGGAGGGAACCAGUCCCCGAAGAUUUCCGGUUGCCUCGUCUCUUCUCACUUUCGUCACCCGAUCAGUUUGUGGUUUCUGUACCCGCAAAAGUUUCAGGAAGUAGUAACAAAAGAAAAAUACUCCCCUUCCCCCCCCCCCCCCCACCA